CCCCACCAUCACCAAUGCCUCACUGGGCCCCACAUUUCCCCUCCCAUCCCCCCCAUUUCCUUCCUGCCCCAUGGCCUCCGGCAGCCGCGAUGCUCGUGGGGCUGCCCCCAUAGCCGGGGGCUGGGGCCGCAUCCUGCGGGCGCUGGAGGAGCUGUCGGUGCUGGAGCUGCGGCACCUGAAGGCAGCUCUGAACCGGGGCCCGGUGGGCGCCGGGUACCGGACCCUGCCCCACGGCCGCAUGGAGGCUGCCGACGCGCUCGACCUCACCCACCUCAUCCUGGGGCACUAUGGGGAGAGCUAUGGGGUGAUGGUGACGGGGGCAGCGCUGAGGAGCAUCCAGAGGAGGGACCUGGCUGAGCGGCUGCUGGGGGGUGCCCCUCCCUGCCCAUCGGAUGACAUCACAGAUGACGUCACUGGUGACAUCACAGAGGACAUCACGUGUGACAUCACAGAUGACGUCACUGGUGACAUCACAGAGGACAUCACGUGUGACAUCACAGAUGACAUCACUGAUGAUGUCACUGAUGACGUCACAGAUGACGUCACAGAGGCGGCCUUGGCGCGGUUCCUGCUGCGGCACCGCUCGGCGCUGGUUCAGGGGGUGCUGGUUGUGGGGCCGCUCCUGGACCGGCUGCAGGCGUCGGGAGCGCUGGGGGCCGAGGCCGCGGCCGCCAUCACUGCCGGGGCCACCCCACAGGAGCGGAUGCGGCGGCUCCUGGACACGGCUCCGGGAUGGGGCCGCGGAGGCUGCGGAUGCUUCCUGAGGGCUCUGCGGGAGCUGCAGCCCUGCCUGGGGAGGGAGCUGGGGCUGCGCUGAGCUGGGGGGCCAGGGGAGCCAUUCGGUACCCCCAUCCCCAUGGGAGCCAUUGGAUAACCUCAUCCCUAUAGGACUCCUUGGAUAACCUCAUCCCUAUAGGACUCCUUGGAUAACCCCAUUCCUAUAAGACCCUUUGGGUACCCCCAUCCUGCCCCUCACUCUUCGCCCCUGGCCCACAGGUUUGCGUCCAAAAAAUUCCCUCUAUUUUAGUUCCAAUUCAAUCCAAUGUGUGAUUUAAAGUGGGAAACAAGCUUUUAAUAUCCUUGCAGCUCCUACUUAGUCUGAUUCUGAAGGGCUUGUAGCACCUGGUAGUUGUAGCAACCCUGAGGAGCCCUAGAGCAAACACACAAACCAGCUUCCAAAUGCAUUUGAGACCCAUCAAUAGAAGUUAUGUUUGCAAAUAGAAACACUUAAACAUGUUCAGCUACUGCUUUAAACAGUGAAGUCUUAUCAGUACCAGUAGUAAGGCUCAACACUGACCUUGGUUUAGCUGCAUUACAGAUGCUUGAGGCUGCCUAAGCUCCUGGUAAUGGGGUUUGAAUGCAGUUCUCUUUCUCCACCUCCUGUUUCAGAAGCCUCUUACUCUCUUUCCAUGUACAUCUUCCCAUGUCUCUCCAGUUAACCAGUUAACUCAGUCAAACUGGGACCUGUGUCAGGCUCAGCAAGACUCCCCCCACAAGCUCCAUAUGAAACAUUGCAAUUAAAAGCCAUUUCCGAGUCCAAUCACACAUAUAGGGCACACCAAUCACACAUAUAGGGCACACCAAUCACACAUAUAGGGCACACCAAUCACACAUAUAGGGCACACCAGCCCCACAUACUUUGCCUUGCAGUGGUACUUGUGGGGCAGCACUUCAUGGCACUUGGAACAAGAGCAGACCAGGCCACCUCUGGGCUCCCACAGCAGGAGAGGAGACCUCUGCCAGCCUAGGCCCGAGUUUAAGGUACCCAAGAAGAGAAGGUCCAGCAGCAGCCAAGCCCAGCCUGGAGUCUAUCAGGCUUGAGAACAAGCAACAAUCCAGUCCACAAGUCACCAUCAGGUCCAGCAAUUGCCAAGCUGCUCUAUAAUCAUAGAGAAGAUCAAGCCAGGCUAAAGUCCAGACUAAGAAUCUUCACAGGCAGGGACAGGGCUGAAAACAGCAUUCCGCCAGCAAAGCUCUAAGAAGGAGCUUAGGCUCAGAGCUGGGUUUAAAUAGGGCUCCUGGGUGUGGUCUAGUGCACAGGUGAGGCUGUUUAGGGUCAUUAAGGCUUCCUAAUGACCUCAGUGCCUUAAGGGGGCACCUGAGAGCAAUGGAACAUUCUAGUUCUAUCCACAGGGCCCACAGAGUGAGGUGUGAUUGCAGUGUUGGGAUGGGGUUUGUUCCCUCUGUUAGCUGGUGUCGUGGUUAGGGUUAGGUUUAGGUUUAGUUCUUCUUCCUCACCUACCCCAGAAACAUCCUAUCCAAUGAAUGUUCUGUGCAUAAGACACAACCACAACCACUUCAUUUGUGUGAGAUUCAGUAAAUCCUAUGGAGACUUUA